AUGAAACAGUGUGUUAUACAUAAAGAAAAACUUGAUAUCUUAUGUUCAGAUUGUAAUGUUGUAAUAUGCUAUCGAUGCCAACUUUCAAAACAUAAACAACAUUAUACACUUCAUACAGAUGAAAUCAAACAAUCAAUUUUAGAUAUAGAUUAUUCUGUUUCAACUAAUAAUGAUAAGAUAGAUAGUGAAAAUGAAAAGAAGAACAAUAAUAUAAGUAAAGAUAAAAAUAAUGAUAGUACUGAUAAAGAUAAAGAUAAUAGUAAUAUAAUUCAAAAGAGAAUAGAAUGGUUAUGGAAUAAAUCAAAGGAAUCAGUCAAUCAUAUUCAGAAACUGAGUGAAAUAGAGAAUGAAAUCAGUGAUCAUUUCAAACAAUAUUAUGAAAUGUUAAUGAAAGAAGAAAAUAAAUUAAAACAACCAAUCAUCGAUGAACUUGAUCAAACCAAACAACAACUUGAUCAAAUCAUCAAAGAAAUACAAUCAUUAAACAAUAUCAUUCAAUCAAUCACUCCAACUCUUAAACCAGAUCCAAAGAGCAAUGAUAUCGAUAAAUUAGAUGAUAAUAAUAAUAACAGUAAUGAAUAUGAUAUUCUUUCAGAUUCAACAAUCAAUUAUUCACUUCCAAUUUUAAUUGAAUCAAUUAAACAAUCAACAACAUUAGAACAAUUCAUUCAUAAUAAUAGUAAUACAAUAUUUAAUAUUAAACAACAAAACAACAAUGAAAUCAUUGAAUAUUUAAAUAAUAACAAUGAAAUCAACAAGAACAAGAGACAUAAGAAUAAUAAUAAUAUUAAAACAAAUAACAAUGAUAAUUCAAUUUUAGAGAUCAUUCGCCAUCAUUUUGAUCAAUACAAGAUCGAUAUCAGACACAUCUUAAAUAAGAAUGAUGAUUAUAUUUCAGUCACUAAAAGCCAAAAGAAUCAAAGUUAUUUUAAUGGAAUACGACAUUUCAUUAAAGAAUCACUUCAGGUCAAUUUUAAUAACUCCAAAGAAACCAGGUAUAUUAUCACAAAGGACAAAGACAAUGUUAUUUCAUUAUACAAUUGUGAUUUCACAACUGGUAAUCAAAUGGAAUUGAUGGAGAAUGAAUCAAAACAAUUGAUGAAAUGGGUCAAACAAAUGGAAAAAUAUCAAGAUACCAUCUCAGUAUUCUUUGCGUCAUCAAACACCACCAUCUAUUUAUUUACAAGAGAAAUCAGUAAAUUCAUUGCCUAUUCAAUCAAUGACAACACUUUCAGAGAAGGAUCAUUUUGUAAACAUGAUGAAUUUGAUUUCAUUUAUCGCGUUAGUACAUUCGCUAGUGGAAUGUACUUGUAUUUCUAUGGAAUAGACAGAGGUAGAGAUGACCAAACAACAAUUAUUAGAUUCAAUACAUUUCUGGAGGAAUUCGAACAAUUCCAACAUGAUAACACCUUCUCCCGUCGAACUAUUCCAAUUGCUAUGUUUGAACUUGCCACUGAUGACUCUGAGAACUAUUUAUACACUAUUUAUUAUGAUAGUUUUAACAGAGAAAUGGUUUUGGUUGAAUAUCAAAUGUUUUCGACAGUAAUCGAAAACACUUAUGAUAUUCCGAUUGCUACAGUACCCACAUUCGUCAGCUAUUGCUAUGACGGCGAAAGCAACGUGUAUCUUUAUUAUGGUGAUGCAAAAAGUGACUAUUUUAUUCAAAUCAAUCUCUACAAAAUGGAAGAUGAUCCUGAAGAACUUAAAACCAUUAAAGGACGUGCCAAAGUGACAGAGGCAAUUGAGAAUCAAGUCUUGGUUCUGACACCAAUGAUUUACGAGUAUGUCGAGAAUGAUGAAAAGCUCUAUCUAUUCACAAACGAACGCAACUAUGUCUAUUCGAUCAAUAAUAACCAAUGGAAACAAUCUCAUCUUAAGACAUCGAAUGUUAGGAUGAUAACAGACUUGAUGUCUUGA